AUGUCGUCCAGCCCACUGCCCGACGGCGUUAGCCUGCUGGCGCUCUCGAGGACGCUGACCACAGUGUGGCAUUCAGCAGACCCAGAUGCCUUUCUGGCACUGCGGUUGACUGCGGACACCUUUGCCACCAUCUGCGAGUCAAGUGAAGCCGGAUUGCUGCGCGCACAUGUGCCCUUACACUUACAUAGGCCGCAGCCGGCGCACAAGUCUUGGCGAGCGCAAGUUCUGAGCGUGCUUGGGCCCUCUUGGCGCAGUGCGCUGCUGUGCCUGGAGCAAAAGCUUCAAACUGCACUCGUGGACCUUGCUGAGUACCAGGACGUUCUGAGCCUCACGCCGCAGUUGAGCGAACUUUGGGAGGCUUACAUGGCCAUCAUCGAUGACCAUCUACUGUUGGCGCAAGGCUUGCUCAACGAGCCGGCUGCUUCAGGAUCCGCCCGGCCGACUUGA